AUGGCCGAGAAAGCGAUUGAACUUGUGUCUAUUCGCUUCCUUUCGGAGGAUUCCGUUAGCAGCAGAAGGACUCGAGAACUGCCACUUCUUGACUUCACGAACCUCCACGUGACCCAUGGGCUCCCGCUUCUGGACCCUGCGCGCUCCCAAGUGACACUAGAGCCCGCGCCUGAAGACGCCGCGCGCCCAGAACUGACCCAAGAGCCCGCGAUUAGGGACGUCGUGCGACCCAACGAGGGGGGAGUCGUCGCGGUGGGGAUGCCGUCCAUGACACACCUGCGCAGACGUUUGGCGGUGGAUUUGGAGUUUAAAGGCGUGUCGUACUCGGUGCCAGUGAGGUCCGGCAUUGUCAAGAAAGGUCACAAGAUAAUCCUCAAUGGCCUCUCUGGAAAGUUCUGCAGUGGAGAGCUGAUUGGCAUCAUAGGAUCCUGUGGAGCUGGCAAAAGCACCUUAAUGGAUAUCCUGGCAGGGAUGCGAAAGAAAGGGGUGGAAGGUCAGAUCCUAGUGAAUGGUCAGCCGCAGAAGCGCCGAACCUUCAAGAAGUUGUCCUGUUAUAUAUCACAGUUUCACAGCCUAUUUCCCAAUCUCACUGUGCUGGAGUCCAUGAUGUUUACUGCCAACAUGACAGUGAAAGAAACAACAGCUGUGAAAAGAGACAUGGUGGAUGAAAUCCUUAUCGCUCUUCAUCUAAAGGAAUGCACAGACAUUAAAACUCACAAACUUUCUGGGGGGCAGAUGAAACUUCUUUCAAUUGCGCUGGAGCUCCUAAGGAAUCCCUCAGUUAUGUUUUUGGAUGAGCCCACCAGCGGUCUGGAUGAUGUUUAUUGUUCCCAAGUGGUUCCUUUAUUGAAGUCUUUGGCACAGAGUGGACGCACAAUCGUCUGUACCAUUCACCAGCCAAGCUAUGACAUCCUAAAUUUUUUUGACAAGCUAUACAUCCUAUGUCGAGGCCAGUGUAUCUACGAUGGCACCGUAUCAUACCUCACCACGUUCCUCGCAAACUUUGGUCAACAGUGCCGCACAAACUGCAGCCCAGCUGCCUUAAUGCUUAAAGAGGCAGCAAAGAACUCUGAAACGGCACCUAUAUUUGUCAGAGCUGUGAAGAGUGGCAUGUGCACCAUAGAGCAGCAGGAAAGCAUUACCAACGCAGAAGAGUCUUCCUCCUCCGAUCCCAGCCAAUGCCAAAUCACGAGUGUCAACAUGGAGGACGUGGACCCCAUGGAGAGUGAUGAGUUUGUCAACAGUGCCUUCACUCAGUUCUGUGCCCUACUCAAGAGGUCCUUCAUCUCCGACAACAAACAAUUGAACAUGGUUCUUCUGAGGUUCAUCGUGACCAUUCUUGCCAGCAUCCUGCUUGGUCUUGUGUACCUCCAAAUUGGAAAUGAGGCAGUGAAGGUCUCUUACAACCUGGGCUACAUUUUCUUCUCUUUGUUUAUCACCAUGGCUGUAGCACAAGCCCCUACAGUCCUUACAUUUCCUCUGGAGAUGUCUGUUGUGUUAAGAGAGCACCAUAACAAUUGGUACGGCCUCAAGGCUUACUACCUAGCCAAGGUCAUGGCAGAUAUACCUUUCCAGGUCAUCUACCCAUGCAUCUACUGCAGUAUUGCCUACUGGAUGACCAGCCAGCCUGCAGAGGCCUCACGCUACUUCCUCUUUGCUGUUGUCUUAAUCCUCACAGCAUUUGUGUCCCAAUCACUGGGCCAGUUCAUUGGAGCAAUGUUCAAGUCUUCGACGUUCACUAAUGGCUCUCUACAGGAGCUGGUGGUGGAAUUGAUUACUUUUUCCCCAGACUUCUCUCACUUAUUCAAGUCUGUAAAACUGAAGUGGUGUAAGUGA